GCUCGUUUUUACCACUUUCUCACACUUAGAGGAAAUAAGUGAUGCAGGCGCUCAGCGCAAUAAUGAAGAUGGAAUGGUGGAAAUUAUGUGAUUCUAUGACCGGUCUUGCAUAAAAUCAAUAUUCUAUCUUUAACGGUAUCAUCUUUUUAUUUUUUUUAUGCGACGCAGAGCCAGAUAUGCACCCACCGGCGGAUUGUUGGCCUCCCCGACAGAAGGCAGUCCCAAAAGAUGUUCAAAAUAGUCAGUAGAAAAACGAGAGCUGCACUCUUCGAUGUGGUGGGAUUGUUGACAUACGUUGUUGAGUGUAUGCAUUCACACUAGCGUUGACGUGCCAUUGUGUCAUUUCCUUGGAGAGAAUUCGAUGUUUGAAUGUAAACAGGAUAAUACAUAAAUUCACUAUUAUUGAGGAUUUAGUUCCUGAUUUUCAGAGGCAAAUCAUUAGCUCAGUGACUUGCAUGUGAGCUAAGAGCUGAUAUCUUGAGACGAUACUCAAGAGAAAUAUGCCGUCCUUUACCCCUUCACCAGCCAUCGUCCCAUGGCAUUAGACGUGGGCGUUUUUCAACGAUGAGGAACUAAACAUGGUAUUACAUCCAUUGAUCCUUUUCCUUUUGCCCAACAGUUGACUACAUACUCACGAGAUGGUAAUUCUUCUUUCUACCGUACCUAUUUCUUCAACUUGAAAUAAUAGGGGAAACGUCCUAUACCCUUUAUGCCCCCCCCCCUCUCCCCCCAAACAAACAAACGAAAAAAAAUCAAACAUGUUGCCGUGAAUAGCAAUACUGACAGGUAUUGUUUUUCCCCCUCACUGUUUUUCCUACAUACAUAUCUGUACAUCUAUAAACCCUUCUUUCCUAUGGCUUCUGUUUCUAACAAUCUAGUUUGAACUAUCGAUACUUCUCUCACAGCAUUUGAUUUACCGUGUGUGCUAAGACGCGAAGGGUAACCUUUUCUAUUGGCUUUGAAAUCAGAUUUUUUUUAGUCUAAUAGCCAUAAGUGCCGAAAGGGUAUGAAUAGAUGCUGCGUCCUACCCUUUCUCAACAAACAACAUCGCUUUGUGGCUUGAUGACAAAGAGAAUGGUUAAGGUUGUCUCAAGAACGGUGGUCGUUACGGCUAGGCGUUGGCUCUCAGUCCGGACAGAAGAUUUUUUCAGUAGAGAGGGUAUUAGUCAUGCCCGCCGUGUCUCGUGGUCACCGCACACCACAGAUAAGAAGCAAGGGGCCUUUGCCAAGCUGGCGAGGUCGAACUUCAACGAUCCUACUCCAGAGAGCUUUUCACCAGAGCCUUACUUCGAGCAAGAAAUCGAAGCCUAUCGUGCACAUCAUCGCCCAGACAUUUAUAUUUACAAAUAUAACGUGUCGCCGACACACAUGUCGCUUCGGGAGUAAUAAACGUUUUAGUGCUCCGCUCGAAAUAGGGGUUCACUUUAACAAACAUUAUCUAGGCUCAGCAGAAUAAAAAGUUGCAUAGAAUUAGGGAGAGAACUAAGCCAUGAGGGGCGAAACUGGAACUGCCACGCAUGCUUUUUAAGAAUUAUUUUCCUUUU